CCUCCCCCAGGCUCCCCACCCUCGGGUUCUGAUCUUGCGCUGGCGGCCCCUCUGACUUUGUUUGGUCGUUGCUUCGGCAACAGCCGUUUCCAGGAGGUAGUGCUGUUUUCCCUUCAGCACCGCUGGCGCGGGAGCCCCGGCGUUCCGCCGUCUAAGCGACAGUUAGUGGGCUGCCGCCGUUCGCCCCUCCAGCUGACCUCGGCCGGCUGGGCCCGUGGGCCGCGCAUCCGGAGUCUUCUCGCCGCUCCAGCCACUCAGCCGGGCAGUCAUGGUUCUGCUGCACGUGAAGCGGGGCGACGAGAGCCAGUUCCUACUGCAGGCCCUGGGGAGCACCGAGCUGGAGGAGCUCACGGUGCAGGUGGCCCGGGUUUACAAUGGGCGGCUCAAGGUGCAGCGCCUCUGCUCAGAAAUGGAAGAAUUAGCAGAACAUGGAAUAUUUCUCCCUCCUAAUAUGCAAGGACUGACUGAUGACCAGAUUGAAGAAUUGAAGUUGAAGGAUGAAUGGGGUGAAAAAUGUGUACCCAGCGGGGGUUCAGUAUUUAAAAAGGAUGAUAUUGGACGAAGGAAUGGGCAAGCUCCAAAUGAAAAAAUGCAGCAAGUUUUAAAGAAGACUAUAGAAGAAGCCAAAGCAAUAAUAUCUAAGAAACAAGUGGAAGCCAGUGUGUGUGUUACUAUGGAAAUGGUGAAAGACGCCUUGGACCAGCUUCGAGGUGCAGUGAUGAUUGUUUAUCCCAUGGGGUUACCACCGUAUGAUCCCAUCCGGAUGGAAUUUGAAAAUAAAGAAGAUUUGUCAGGAACUCAGGCAGGACUGAAUGUCAUUAAGGAGUCAGAAGCACAACUGUGGUGGGCAGCCAAGGAGUUGAGAAGAACAAAGAAGCUUUCUGACUAUGUGGGGAAAAAUGAAAAAACCAAAAUUAUCGUCAAGAUUCAGCAAAAAGGACAGGGAGCUCCAGCCCGCGAACCUGUUAUUAGCAGUGAGGAACAGAAGCAGCUGAUGCUGUAUUAUCACAGAAGACAAGAGGAGCUCAAGAGACUGGAAGAAAAUGAUGAUGACACCUGUUUAAAUUCUCCAUGGGCAGAUAACACUGCUUUGAAAAGACAUUUUCAGGGGGUAAAAGACAUAAAGUGGAGACCAAGAUGAAGUUCACCAGUUGACGAAGCUUUCAAAAAUAUUACCUCGCCUUGCUUCUAGGCAAAGUAAUUACAAUAAUAAAAAGGACGCCCACUAUAAAAAGGCCACUCACUAUAAAAUAUGCUGAAAUUUCUAGUUUUCUUAUACUUUGAAUUUUCAAAAUAGUUAUUCAAGGUUUUAGAACUUAAUAAAUACAUCCUCAGAAGAA